UCUGAGGGAAGGAAAGAGAGAAAGAAAGUUUAUAGAUACCGACAUUUAUGAAACAGAAUGUGGGUGUUUGCAAGCAAGGCUUUAUAAGUCAGUAAAGCCACUUUCUUCUUUCCAUGAAAAAUAGCUUGAUCCCGUGCAACCACGCCAGCAGCAUCUGCUUUAUUGUUAUUCUUUUUGGUUCUGGGGUGGAAUCUACAUAUAAAAGUUGAAAUCUUUGUUUCAUUUCUUGGUGGUGGAAAAUUGUUCUCCGAACUGAUUUAGUGUUAGGUUGGUCGUAAGUUUGCUUGGUGUAGCAGUCUUAUCUGAUCUGGUUUUGCGCGUGGUGGACAUCCAGACAUUCACCCUGGUCGAGACUUUUUUGAGUCCGCCACAACAAUUGUGGUUGCAGUUUCCUGCAAUUGUGAUUGCUAUUGUGGUUGCUUUUGUCUGCAAUUUCCCGUAUUCGUACAUUAAAACCUUGAUCAGGCUGGGAUAAAGUUUAUAUUGCCAAGAAGUGUUUACUCGUAGGAGGAGUGUUUUAUGCUUGGAGGUCUAAUAUGCUUGCGAGAGUGAGGGCCUUUUGAUUUCGAGUAAUUGGUUGAGAGAAAAAGGGAAAGCUGAAGGUUCUUUGGUGGGGCAAGAUAUGGCCUCUGGUGAAGGGAGGCGGCGUCAUCACGAUCUUGUGCCUCUUGCCGCAUUGCUCAAGAGAGAGAUGAAGAGUGAGAAGAUGGAAAAGCCUACUGUGAGGUUUGGACAUGCAGCUCAGUCCAAGAAAGGGGAGGAUUACUUUCUUAUUAAGACAGAUUGUCAGCGAGUGCCCGGGAACCCUUCAUCAUCCUUUUCUGUAUUUGCGAUCUUUGAUGGGCAUAAUGGAAAUGCUGCUGCUAUUUUUACUAGGGAGAAUUUGUUAAAUCACGUGUUGAGUGCUCUUCCUCGUGGGCUUGGGCGAGAUGAGUGGUUGCAUGCUUUACCCAGGGCAUUGGUUGCGGGUUUCGUUAAGACCGACAAGGAGUUUCAGAGCCGAGGAGAAACUUCUGGAACCACAGCCACGUUUGUAAUAGUGGAUAGGUGGACUGUUACUGUUGCAUCUGUUGGAGAUUCCCGUUGUGUACUAGAUGCCCAGGGUGGUGCUAUUUCCUCCUUAACUGUUGAUCACAGACUUGAAGAGAAUAUUGAAGAGAGGGAACGUGUAACUGCUAGUGGAGGUGAAGUUGGGAGACUUAGCAUAGUUGGUGGUGCAGAGAUUGGUCCCCUUCGAUGCUGGCCAGGGGGUCUAUGCCUUUCUAGGUCAAUUGGAGACAUGGAUGUUGGAGAGUUCAUUGUUCCCAUACCAUAUGUCAAACAAGUGAAGCUAUCAAAGGCUGGUGGGAGGCUUAUAAUUGCAUCUGAUGGCAUAUGGGAUGCUCUAUCAUCAGAAAUGGCUGCAAAAUCUUGUCGAGGUUUGCCUGCGGAACUUGCAGCUAUGCAGGUUGUCAAGGAAGCACUACGAACGAGAGGAUUAAAGGAUGAUACAACUUGCAUAGUAGUUGACAUAAUCCCACCUGAUAAUGAAUUGCCACCAACACCUCCCCCCCAAAAGCGGAACAAGCUGAGAGAUCUUCUUUCCUUCAGGAAGAGAUCCCGUGAUUCUGCAAGUAAGCUAUCAAAAAAGCUUUCAGCUAUAAAUAUAGUGGAGGAACUGUUUGAAGAAGGAUCGGCAAUGCUUGCUGAAAGAUUAGGAAAUGAUGACAACUUGAACACGGGGCAAUCAACAUCUGGUAUUUUUGUUUGUGCUGUUUGUCAAGUUGAUCUUGCUCCAAGUGAGGGCAUUUCUGUCCACGCCGGUUCAAUUUUCUCCACCAGCUCCAAACCCUGGCAAGGUCCCUUUCUUUGUUCUGAUUGCCGUGAUAAGAAGGAUGCCAUGGAAGGAAAACGUCCAAGUGGAGUUAAGGUCUCAUAGGCUCAAAAUUGGGGUCUUAUUCUAGAAUUCUUUAUGCUACCUUUCACAUUUUUUGUAUUAACGAUUUUUAUAGCAAAUUAAUUGAUUGAAUCUCACUUGAAGUA